UACAUCGUGAUUAUAUGCUAUUCUGUGUUCACGCAAUUCAGGAAGUAAAAUUUUGUAGUGCAGUUAAAUUUACAUAUAAUUAGUUUGAAUGUUUAUUUUAAAAUACACAACUAGCCGACUCCCGGUUAAGCAUUAUCGCUUCGCAAUAUAAGUAAAAGAUAGAAUAAAGGCAAAAUAAUGACAACAUUGUGCAUUUUAAGUUUCCUGUUUUGGACUUCAAUUAAACAAGCAGAGAGCACUUACUGUCCUGACGUAUCACCUGAUGUUAACGUAUGUUCAGCAGCUGGUAUAUAUAACGUAUCAAUCGUUCGUUUAAAACAUACUUCAUCGGAAGAGUUCCAGCAGUGUUUCUGUGACAUCAAACUUGAUAAACCUACUAACUUAGCAUUCAACUAUUACGUUGAUGAUUUUACCGAUUGCGGAAUACACAUUUCUAUUCAAAAAAAUCACUUUACGUGUAAACCUGGGUCAUUGCUGCCAACACUUAAUGAAUCAACAAGAAUGACUUACAAUUAUGGCGCGUUUCGUGAUUGGUGCAUGGUUGUAAAAAUUGAACAGCCAGAAGACGCAAGAUUUAGUAUACAAUGUAAAUUAGACACCGUAACAACUAUGUCUUUCCUGCACCCAUCAGUGACAAAUGUCGUUUCUGAAUCAACCACUCCAUCUCCGGACAUGAAUACGACGUAUGUGAUAGUGACAUCAUAUCCGACGUCACCGUUACACAGAUGCAUCCGGAACAAAUGCAAAUGUAACAAGUGCGUUUCACGUAACUACUGCCUCUACAGGAGAAAGCCAGUCAAGCGAUUACAAAACAAGCGUUGUUGCUUUUGCUGUUGGAUGGUCUUUUGCUGCGGUAGAACUUGUUGUAAUUAUCGCUUUGGUCGCUGUUCUUAUCAGAUAUCGGCGGGCUGCGAAACAUAAAGAGGCAAUGACCGAAGCAAACGUGAAAAAACAAAAUCCAAAUUAUGAUAUCCUCGUACAUGGACCUUAUGGGGGUAAUCUUCUAGAAGAUACGAAGCACACAUAUUCCAGCGUCUCUGAUGUAAACAUGACUAUGACCGCUAUGUAAUCAAGGCAAUUAUAGAACACAACCACAGACCGACAGUAUAAUGCAUUUGAGUUAAACAACAAUUCUAUCCAAAUAAGGUUCUUCGUGUGGAGGAGUUGAUAAUCUGAAAUCAGCGAGAUUAAUUAUUCACAUUGAAGUGAAUAUUUAACCAGGAAAAUUGUACUUGAGAUUGUAUUAUAUUUUACUUUAUAUAUUAACUACGGCGAACGUUUGUAUGCUUGAGAAAAGAAAAGAAAGAUAGUUAAAAUAUAAGUGUGUAUGGAAUAAGUUUACCUACAUAAGUGUUUGAUCCACACAGGACACUACCAUUGAUUCUAGCCUGUGUCACAUUAGCCAUGACAGUUACACGAAGAUAUAGAAUAUAUGUAGAGGAAUGUUAAAUUAAUUUUGAUAUAAUACCUAACAUGUUUGACGUAUGUUUUAAACUGGAAACUCUGAUAGGUAGCUCUGAAAAAUGGAUAUUGUCAACUUGUGUUCUAAACAGUGAAAAUUUUAUUUGACAUUGCACAUCAGUUGAGUGUUGAUUUGAUAGGAAUGUGUUUGAAAUGUGGCUCUUGUUUAAAUUUAAAGUGGACCAAUACCUUUCCGUGAAGGAACACAUCAGCACUGAAAUGGAAUUGAAGAGGUGUACAAUUGUCAUUUUAGAAUAUUAACUAUGAAGAUAUAUUAGAAAAUUGUAUAUUAAACAGAAUUACUAGAAAACUUUUCAAAUCAAACACGCACUGUAUCCCAUGCAACUUCCGUAUCUCAUACACCUUCCGUAUCUCAUACAACUUCCCUAUCUCAUACACCUUCCGUAUCUCAUACAACUUCCGUAUCUCAUACAACAUCCGCAUCUCAUUAAACAUCCAUAUCUCAUAUCUCCUACCCUUUCCGUAUAUCAUAUAACUAUCGUAUCGCAUUCAACUUCCGUAUCACAUACACUUCUUCAUCUCAAUAAUCUUCCUUCAAGUUUACAACUAUCGUAUUUCCUUCAAUAAUCCUCUUUUCGACAACUAUUGUAAACGAGACAAUUAUUAUCUCUCAUACAAUUAUCGCAUCUCAUUUAACUACCAAUAUCAAACACAGUAAAAAUAUAAAUUAUGUUUGUUUAAAUCAAGGAGAUCGCGUGCAUGAAAAAACAACAGAAGAACGUUAUUAUUUAUGUACAGUGGAAACCCUCUAAACCGGAUCCUCU